UGGUAGAAAACUAGAAAUCUUAGAGCAAGAUCCACUUAUCUUGCAGACUGUUAAUUCUAUUGUAGAAUUAUCCCGAUUUAAACUUGGUACAAUAGCAAAUAAUCUUACUCAGCUUUUGGAAGGUGUUUCGCAGAAUACAACGGCGAUAACGGCUAUAAUAUCCGACCUCCCCGCAGAAGUUUUACAAUCCCAAUUAUUUAUUUUAAAAAUCCUAUCUGCUUGUACUACUCACCAUUGGAAAUUUUACCGAGGAACUUUACAAAAGGAAUUGGAUGCAUUGUCAAAAAACUCUCCAGAAACUUCUCCAACCUCUCCAACUGUAAAUAAUGAAAUUCCAUCCGUAACUAAUGAUCAACAGCCUGCACCUCCUACUUCUAACUAUAAUGGCAAUGCAAGAAGGUUCAGACCCCCAAGAUCUUGGGACGAUCCGCCACAGCUAGAAGAAGCUUUGGCAACUUACAUUUUAAACGUUUUAUCUAAAUUUCUUCAUUUAAUGGCUAAUCACGAUGAUAGUAUCCCUAGUAGUGGACCUGCGAGUGUGGGUGCUACUGCUGAUAUUAUUAGUGAGAUUUAUAAAAACGCUGGGAGAGUUAUUUUUUAUAUCAGCGCUUCAAAUUGGAGCGUGGUUUUUUCGAGAAUUAGAAAUAGAAUUUCCCAUUUAGCUGCCGCUGGUGAUAAUUUGGCUGAAACUGCUGAGUUGAGAUUGUUGGAAGUCUCUGAUCUUAAUUCAAUAAGAUUAUCUAUGGUAUUACAAGAAUUAUGUGAUUCUAUAAGCACUUUGAGAAAACCUGCCCAAAUGGUAAUGGCCACUGUACUUCGUAAAGCUAUUUGGAAUUGGAUAGAAGUUUUUCCAGCUGAGUUUGUUACUUUGUGUCAAACUCAAAGACGAAUGGGUGGCAAUCCUGAGAGACUUUUUGAGAUCUGUAAUACUUUAGUCGCCAAUAACUUCCCCAAUAGCUGUAAAGCAUUCUGGCCAUUGCAAACUAUGUUGUUGAUUUUAUGCCCCGAUCUUUUGUUUAGUGCUGCAAUGCAUGAUAAAACCUCUAAUACAAACAGAAAGACCCAGAACCAGUUUUUGGAGAGACUAAAAAAUGCAUUAAGGAACAAUACUAGAGGUCAAAGAGGAUUAGCUGAUAUAGCUGCAAUAUGUUAUGUUGAUAUUUGUAAAGCAUCCACUUAUGUCAAUUAUAGUGAUUCAUCGACUCUUCGGUCGAUAGUUCCGGACAUAGAAGAUGAGUUGAAGUCCAAAUUAUUUAAUCCGGCAUGCCCAUUUCCAAAUGAGAAUAGAGUGGAUCAUAGACUUAUGACCGAUUGUCUAACUGCUUUAUUUAGGCUUAACCCCCGAAAAACUCAGGAAUCUUUAAUUUCGCUAUGUUUACAAGAUAAUGCACCUAGUGCUUUUAAGUUGGUGCUUGUUAAGAGUUGCAAUUCUAUUGCUUCAGAGGAAAAUAGGCUUCCAUGGAAUUUACAAUUUUCAUCAAUGCGCCCAAUAUUAGCAGGGCCUUUUCGCAAGCUGUUUCAAGAUAUUAUGUCAAAUGGAGACAAGCCAGUUUGGAAUCGGUAUAAAGCUGAAAAAACCGAAAUUAUUCUUAAUCUUUUGAGGUUAUAUCGAACAGAUCCUAAGCUCGCUAUUGUGGUUGAAUCUCAAGAUCAUUCAAAGGAUAAUCAAUCAAUAAUUCUUGCUAUCAAUGAUUGUUUGAAUGAUCCAAAUGUUGCUAUUCGAACAGCCGCGGCUGAGACUUUACUGGAAUUUCAUAAUGUGGAGCUUAUUGAACUCUGGGGAUCUCCGGAUAAUAAGAUGCAACUAUUUUGGCCUAUAAG